GGGUAGUAAUGUCCAUUCAGUUCCCAAUCAGCUGAGAGCAACAACACCAUGAACUCCCUGGUCGCCGUCUUUCUUUUGGCCGCUGUGGCCGUCAGCCAUGCAUCUGUCAUCGGUUUGGGUGCCACUUUGGUCGGACCCGCCGCCCCCGGAGCUGCUCUUAAAGGCCCCGCCGCUCAUGCCGCUCUUGUAGGACCUGACGGAAGCCACAUUUCUGCAGCCGCCCAAGCUGGAGCCUUAGCCGCCGCCCCCAUCCCCGGAGGCGCCGUUAGUGCCGCCGUAUCCCCUGGAGUUGUUGCUGUGGGACAUGGACUCGGGCUCGGUCAUGGGGCUGUUCUCGCCGCCCCCGCCGUCGCUAUUGGGCAUGGUGGAUGGGGACUUGGAUUGGCUGGUCAUGGACUUUGGGGACAUGGGUGGUAAAAACCAGACGAUUUAUGUACUCGAUAGGUUUAAUAAAGAAAUUUGCAAUUUUUUAUACAA